CCCACAUGCCGUGAUGCGUCUUUUUUUUCUCUCUCUCUCUCUCUCUCUCUCUCUCUCUCUCUCUCGCUCAUUCCCAUCCGUCUACAUCCUGACCUUAACUCACCAAAGUGGUAUAUACACGUACACAACCUUAAGGCACCUGACCAACGCCCCUCAGCUCCAUUCCACCCCACCCGGCCGUCUCCGACUUCCCUUUCGCUAGUAACAAAAAAGGUAAACAGCCCAACGCCCCCAUGUUCCCCCGAAAACGAACCGCGCUUCUAG